AUGGACAUAGCCCUAUUCCACCCUAGCAUGUAUGGCUUCAACGUCACCAACCCUCAUCCGGCCUUCAACUACGAUAACCGCCCCGUGGCCCCCCUCACGGACUACACCUUCGACCAGUGGUGGUUCCAUGGUCACCUCGACUUCCCACCCAACGAGGGCGACUACUUCGAGCUCCCCGCCGGCAAGCCCGCCACAACCGAGCUCGCGUGCGACAAGGGCGCGACUUCCUUCUUCGCCUCGUCUCCCGGAGGCGAUGUCCGCGUUGGCGACAACCCUUGCCCUGGCCCCGGCGGCAUCUUCGACCCGACGACCGCGAUGCACGCAAGCAACUUCGACGACCUCAAGGGCUGUGCGCUGGCCAUCGCGUAUGAGAGCGACGUGUCCAAGAUUCAGCCUGAAGAUUUCACAGUGUUCAGCGUCAACCAUACCUGCGUCUGGAAUCGCUUCACGGACUUCCAGGUCCCGGAGCGGAUGCCCGCUUGCCCGCCAGGCGGAUGCCACUGCGCGUUCUUCUGGAUCCAUGCUAUCGACAGCGGAGGAGAACAGAACUACAUGAACGGUUUCAAGUGCAAUGUUACCGGCUCCACUUCCAAUGUUGCCCUCGCUAAGCCGCAAGUACCUCGUCGUUGCGGCGCCGACCCCGAGUAUGGUAAGCCCGACGCUGCGCCAGGCAACUGCACCUACGGCGCCAAGCAGCCCUUCUACUGGUUCCAGGCUGAGCGCAACAACAUGUUCGAAGGGACCUACGCUCCGCCCUUCUACACCGAUCUGUACAACUUCAAGGAUGGCGCGCAGGUCGACAUCUUCCAAGAUUCGUACCCUCAAGGUCUUCCCACUCCCAGCGCAAACUCGACUUUCGUCCCUACUCCCAACCUUGACGGGGCAGCCUCUGUGUCUACCACUGCUCGGCAGUCCUCU